AGAGGUAAAUUUGGUAUUGUCAGAGCAUGUACGGAGAAGAGCACUGGGGUAGAAUAUGCCGCUAAAAUGAUAAAAACGAAAGUUAGCGAUAGGACCACAGUUUUACAAGAAAUUGAUAUUAUGAAUCAGCUACAUCAUCCCAAACUAGUAUUUUUACAUGACGCAUAUCAAACGGAUGAAUACGUAGUGAUGAUUAUGGAAGUUCUUCGUGGUGGAGAGCUUUUAGACCGAUUAAUUAAAAGGGAAACAUUGUUAGAAGUAGAGGUUAUAUACUAUAUGCAGCAAGUUUUACAAGGAUUGAAAUUUAUGCAUGAUAGUAACAUUCUGCAUUUAGAUCUGAAGCCGGAAAAUUUAAUGCUUUUUGAGAAAGACUAUGAUGAUAUUAAGUUGAUUGAUUUUGGAAUGGCACGCAAGUUCCAGGCACAAGAUUCAUUGAAAGUACUCUUUGGAACACCUGAAUUUGUUGCUCCCGAAGUUGUCAGUUAUGAAAAAAUUUCACCAGCAACAGAUAUGUGGUAUUUAUUACCGGUGCUUUGUAUUAGGUUAAGUGGUCUUUCGCCAUUUAUGGGUGACAACGAUCAUGACACAUUAUCAAACGUUACGGCCUGUAAUUGGGAUUUUGAUGAUGACAUCUUUGAUGAUAUUUCUGCGGAGGCUAAAAGUUUUAUUUCGAGUUUGCUAAGAAGAGAUCCAAAGUAUGAUUAUGGCCUGAUGGAUUAA